UACUCGGCUCACCUCCUCUGGGUGGAGGUCGUGGGUUGGCCGGAAGAGGGCUGGCCAUGCCGGGAGAACAGGAGGAAGAGGAGGAGGAGGAGGAGGAAGAGAGAGAGAUGCAAGAGGAGAUGGUGCUGCUGGUGAAGGGCGAGGAAGAAGAGGGUGAGGAGAAAUAUGAAGUGGUCAAGCUGAAGAUUCCAAUGGAUGGCAAGGAGAUUCCAGGCACAGCCCCUGAGCCUCCAGCAGACCCGGCCCGGCCCCACGCCUGUCCCGAAUGUGGCCGUGCCUUUGCCCGCCGCUCUACCUUGGCCAAGCACGCUCGCACCCACACCGGCGAGCGUCCGUUUCCCUGUCCCGAGUGUGGGCGCCGCUUCUCCCAGAAAUCCGCGCUCACCAAGCACGGCCGCACCCACACGGGCGAAAGGCCCUAUGCGUGUCCUGAGUGCGAAAAGCGCUUUUCGGCCGCCUCAAACCUGCGGCAGCACCGACGCCGGCACACGGGCGAGAAGCCCUAUGCCUGCCCCCAGUGUGGGCGCCGGUUUGCCCAGAGCUCCAACUACGCCCAGCACCUCCGCGUGCACACCGGCGAGAAGCCCUACACCUGCCCAGACUGCGGGCGAGGCUUCGGGGGCAGCUCCUGCCUGGCGCGGCACAGGCGCACCCACACGGGCGAGCGGCCCUACUCCUGCCCCGAGUGCGGAACGAGGUUUGCCCAGAGCUCGGCCUUGGCCAAGCACCGCCGGGUGCACACCGGCGAGAAGCCCCACCGCUGCCAGGUGUGCGGCCGGGGCUUCGGGCACCGCUCCAACCUGGCGGAGCACGCCCGCACCCACACGGGCGAGCGGCCCUACCCCUGCCCUGAGUGCGGCCGCCGCUUUCGCCUCAGCUCCCACUUCAUCCGCCACCGAAGGGCCCACCUGAGGAGGAGGCUGUACAUCUGCGAGGGCUGCGGCCGAGGCUUCAAGCUGGCGGCCGGCGUGGGGAGAGUCGGGGGCAACGAGAGAACCGACCGGUGCCCUGAGUGCGAGGGGAGCUGAGGGCGGAGAACCUGGGGGGCGGCACCUGUGUCCCCUGGGAAGGGGUGGGGAAGGAGCAGGAGAGGAGCCCCCACUCCCAGGGAGAGGGAGCAGGGAGGCAGGUUCCUCUCCACUGAACGGGAGAACUUUGGGAGAAGUUCCUGCAUCCGGCACAGGAGGAGGGUGUCAGCAGUACGCCGUCUCCAGAAGGCCAGGAGAGUUUCCGAGGGAGCGGAGCCGCCGUGGUGGGCCCCUGACCUCCAGCCCUGCCUACCUGGGCCCUCCCCUUCCUUCUCACUGAGUCUCUUGCUUUUUACUCUGCAAAUGUAGAAUUUAAGGGAGAAGGGUGGGAACCAGUUUGAGCAAAGAACUGGGGACCCCUAAGCCAAGGGCUCCCAGGGAUGCUUCCAGCUUGGGGGGGGGGAGGAGGAGGAGGAGGAGGAGGAGGAGGAAGGCAGGGGCCUGUGUUACCCAUGAACUAGCCCCUCCCACGUCCGACACGCAGUGGGCCUGUGUUCAUGAAUAAAGUAUUAUCCUCCUGUUA